AUGCUGCUUCCCCUGGUGCUGUGUGCAGCCGUGCUGACGGGCACUGGCAAGGCUCGCGAUGAUGAGUGGAUUGACCCCACGGAUAUGCUCAAUUACGAUGCGGCGUCGGGAACCAUGAGAAGACCUUACAAGGCAAACUAUCAUGACUCUGAGGAUAAGACUGUGAAUACAGUCAGUAAUGAAAUCCUGCCAAGUUCCAGGGAAGUAGAUUCCUUGCAACAGAAGAUUGCUGAAUGCGAGAAGAGGGAUGCCAAAUCACGUGAAAGCCGUAGCUUUUAUAUUUUUAAGCGAUACUUGAAUAAGAUUUUAAAUGAAGCUGGAAAACUUGGCCUUCCUGAGGAAAACGUGGGACGCGUCCAUUACGAUGCUGAGAUCAUCCUUACAAAACAGACGUAUUCGGAGAUCCUCAGGUUUCUCAGGGAGGAAACCUGGCAGUCAGGUGCUGUGGAUGAUGCACUCAGUGAUAUUUUGAUCAAUUUUAAGCACCAUGAUUAUAAAGCUUGGCACUGGAGAUUUGAAGACACUUUUGGAAUUGAUCUAUAUAAUAUGUUUCUGAUACUCUUGUGCUUAGUGUGCAUUGUAACUGUAAUAGCUACAGAGCUCUGGACACAUAUUCAUUGGUUUGUUCAGCUAAAACGUGUUUUAUUAAUAAGUUUUCUCAUCAGUUUUGCAUGGAAUUGGCUUUACUUGUAUAAGCUGGCCUUUGCGCAGCAUCAAGCAGAAAUCGCAAAAAUGGGGCAGUUUGAUAACGUCUGCGCUGAGAAGUUGGACUGGGGGGCGAGUCUCAUUGAGUGGCUUAGAAGUAAAUGGACGUUUCAGGACGAUCCCUGUCAGAAGUACUAUGAAACUCUCCUAGUAAACCCCGUUUUGCUGGUUCCGCCGACAAAGGCGUUGGCAAUUACUUUCACAAACUUUGUAACAGAGCCUUUGAAGCAUGUGGGACAAGGUAUUGGCGAAUUCAUCAAAGCACUUAUGAAGGAGAUACCUUUCAUUCUGCAGGUUCCAGUGCUAAUUAUGAUGGCUCUGGCUGUCUUGGCUUUCUGCUAUGGUGCAGGAUCAUCAGUGUCUGUGUUAAGAUACUUAACAACAUCUCAGAAGAGAAGUCUUCCUCCACCGGACAGUCAACAGGAGAAAAUAGACUUUAGGCAAUAUGAUGGGAGUAAAUCAGAUAGCUGUUACUUGCAGAAGCCUCCUUACAUUUGUAGAGGGCCUCAUGACAGAGGAGAUGCUCCCGUGAGACCAGGAAAUGGCAGCAGAAGCCCUGACAUCGUGCAUCCAAGCAAUGAGCCAGACACGCAAGUAGAAGAGUCUCGCAAACCAGAACCUGGUAAUAGAUUGCACACUGAGUGUGAAGUUUGUAGACUAGAAACUGUCACAGCUGAAAACCUUACUGAAGAACAUGCACUUCAGCAGCAGAAGCAGGAGACAGGCAAAGCAGAGCAAGAGACUGGAGAAAACUGUGAUCCUAAUAAAAGCCUAGAAGGGAAAAGUUCUGCAGUGGAACCGCACGAAGAGAAGAAAAACAGCAGUCCGGGUGACUCGCAGGAAGGAGACUAA